AACAUAUUUGCCUGUGACUAUCCUCCGCUUUCUCGUAGCCCAUUUCCUCCAACUUGUAAUACGGUCUAGUCCCUCAUCCCGUUCCGCUGUCUAAGCCUUGUGUAGUGGCUUUUUUUUUUUUUUUUUUUUCUCUCCCUAUGCUCGAAGCGAAUUGAAAUGACGAUCGUAAACUAGUAUAUGCGCACUCUGUGGACAGUCUUUGCUUGCCAAUGUAUCCGGCAUCGGAUUAUCUACGAACUCCUCACUGGCUAAAUAUUCUAGAGAUCAGUUUCUUAAGCGCUGCGUCAGACAGAGGUGCCCCUUCGCUUACGCACCCAUCUCUGGGCCGCACGGUUUACGGAGACGUCGGUAGUCCAUGAGAUUUCAUCAGAAGAACUAGGAGGAACUGUGCGACCAAAUGCCUCAUCAACAGCUAAGAACCCUCUAGUGCGACUGUGAUGAAAAGGAAGAGAAGGACAAGCGACGAAACAGGACAGAUUACGGCACCGCGUGUACCAGCAGCAAUCAUGCCGUCGUAUGGGACUAGUGCCACCAGCUCGUCUAUCGGCCCCCCUAGUACCGAAACAGGCCGUAGCGUAGUUAGCUCCGAGCUUCCAGUGCCGGAGCUGGACGACGACAUCUCCACCGAAGAUGUCACAAGCGACGGUUUAAGUGCGUGGACGAUGAGCGUUGUAGAACAGAGCGGUCAUGUAUUUGAGGCGAAUGAUGAGACGAGGGCAAGUCAGUUCGAUGCUGGCUCCAUCUAUUCCCCAAGCCAUCAUCCGGGAGGCCGUGCAGUGGUGUAUCGAGUGGAGCAUUCGGUCGAGAGCGAAGAUAGUGUAGAAGACGGGACCGUAAACUCAACGCGGUCAAUCAACGAACUGGAUCUCAACUACGUGAUGGAAAAUGGACGACGGUAUUGCGGCGCAUAUUACAUGCCAAACGACGACGACGAGCAAGUUCGAUUGCAGCUGAUGAAUCAGGUCUACCUGAAAACAUUCGACGGCGAAUUAACAAGCGUGCCUUUAGAAGCGCCCACUCACAUCCUGGAUAUUGGCACUGCCGUCGGUGAAUGGGCCAUAGAUAUAGCUGAGCUUUAUCCCGACUGCGAAGUAACCGGAACUGACAUCUCUAAUAUUUUUGAGCGUCGAGUUCCGCAGAAUAUCUUCUGGGAAAUUGACGAUGCCGAGCUGGAAUGGGAACGACCACCGAAUCACUAUGACUUAGUACACGUAAGAGACCUGCAAGGGUCGUUUUCUGAUUGGCAUCAUAUUUACCGAUCUGCUUUCCACUGUAUCAAACCCGGCGGAUGGAUCGAAGUGUUGGAUUUCGAUGAUCAUCGAGGAAUGAGCAAUCUUCACUCGUUCUUCGAACCCGAGUCCUUGGUACACAAGGCAUUACACGACGUCCGUGAGGCUUCUUUGAUGCACGGGAGGCCGCGUGGCGUUGCCCAUCUGGAACCUAGGUUUCUGGUCAAUGCAGGCUAUGUUGACGUCCAACUAACCGAGCACGCUAUCCCUCUAAGGACCGAAGACGGCUCUACUGGAAAGUUUUGGCUUCUUUCUAUGCUGAACGGAUGCGAAUCGACAUGUCUGAGGCUUCUGACCAAGUACAAGGGAUGGGAACCAGAUCAAGUCCGUUUGGCUUGCGAGCAGAUCGGUGAAGAACUGAUGGCGAUGGCACUCAACUCCAAGAGAGCAAAGGGAUUCGUUGCCAAAGUCAGAGUAUUGAAGGGGAGGAAACCAAGCCCAUACAACCGGUGGUCCAGAUUACCGUCUCGCGAACCCAUUCCUGUGAUACAGGAGAAAUAUCUGGAUAUACUGGAGGACACUGAUGCAGAGGAAAGUAAUCUGACAGAUGCUUUGACGGACGGAGAAAGCGGUUUUUGCUCAUUCCCAUCUCGUGGUCCAACGAGCGUCGCAAACAGCAAAUCGCUUCGAUCAGGCUAGAACUAAAAACGCUCAACCGACUGAAGCAAUGUUAGAAUCGACCAAAAAUAACGGCACCCGUUGGUAUAAUAUUUAAUUUGAAGCGGUCAGAUCAAGGCAGAUGAUCACUCAGGGGGGAAACCCACCAAGAUCAUCUAGACCGUUCCGCGUAUCAAACACAACGCUAGCAUAUGGGAAUCCCGCAAAGUCAACGAUGGUUAAUGUCACGAUGUCAAAAUCACGAUGAGAGUCGUGAACGAAUUUCGACAUGAAAGAUUAGCGGAACCCGACGAACAUAGACCGAAUGAGAUCCGAGCCCAAUACCCAUCUCAUCGGUAAAUAUUUACGUUAUCCGUGCCUCCAUGGAUAACGAGAACAAUUUCGACAUAUAUAUAUAAUCUCCAAUGCCCAUGGAGAAACUGGAGGGAUAUAGGCUGGGUAAAUUUAGCUUAUGUCCCGUGUUAUUUUGUGAAUAGGAUAUAGGAUAUAGGAUAUGGAGGAUAUUGGGGUAUUUGAGAUUUCGGGUAUAUAAAUAGGUAGACUGGGCCAACAUGAGACCCUGUAUAUAUCUACCCAUCUGUUUGUAUUCGCAUUGUUGCGAUCUAUUACAUACGAGCAAUAAGCUCUUUAGGAUUAUCAUCAACUAUAUAAGUGGGAUAAUUUGAAGCCAAAAAUUAUAACUAG